AAAUCCUCACCUCAUAUUUCCUUUUAUUAUCUUCUUCCCCCCUCCUCUCUCUCUUCUCAUUCACUUCCCAGUUCCACCAACACCAAACACCAGACCACACCAUGGCUUCUUCUUCCUCCCUCACUCUCUCCCAGGCCAUCCUCUCUCGCUCCACCGCCCCGCGCCAUGCCUCCUCUCAUCCCCCUCUCUCUAUCCCUUCCUUCUCCGCUCUCAAAUCCGCUUCCUCUUCCGCAGCUGUUUCUGUUUCCCGCCGCCGCACCCGCCUCCCUGUCCGCGCCUCCGCUGCCGUCGAGACCCUCGAGAAAACAACUGACACUGAGCUCGUUGAGAAAUCCAUCAACACUAUUAGGUUCUUGUCAAUUGACGCCGUAGAGAAGGCCAAUUCCGGCCACCCUGGUCUGCCUAUGGGCUGCGCGCCGAUGGGUCACAUAUUGUACGAUGAGGUGAUGAAGUACAAUCCUAAGAAUCCCUAUUGGUUUAACCGUGACCGCUUUGUGCUCUCCGCUGGACACGGGUGUAUGCUACAGUACGCACUUCUUCACCUAGCCGGAUACGAUGCCGUCAAGGAAGAGGAUUUGAAGAGUUUCCGUCAAUGGGGAAGCAGGACCCCAGGUCAUCCCGAGAACUUUGAGACACCUGGUGUCGAAGUCACCACUGGCCCUCUUGGUCAGGGUAUUGCCAAUGCUGUUGGCCUGGCACUUGCAGAGAAGCAUUUGGCUGCACGAUACAACAAACCAGAUAACGAGAUAGUUGACCACUACACAUAUGUUAUCCUUGGAGAUGGCUGCCAAAUGGAGGGUAUUUCUAAUGAAGCCUGCUCCCUCGCUGGACACUGGGGACUUGGAAAGCUGAUUGCAUUUUAUGACGACAAUCACAUCUCCAUUGAUGGUGACACAGAAAUUGCUUUUACUGAGAGUGUUGACACCCGUUUUGAGGCUCUUGGUUGGCAUGUAAUCUGGGUGAAGAAUGGUAACACUGGUUAUGAUGAAAUUCGCACUGCCAUCAAGGAAGCAAAGGCUGUGAAAGACAAGCCCACUCUGAUCAAGGUUACUACAACCAUCGGCUUUGGUUCCCCCAACAAGGCAAACUCGUACAGUGUGCAUGGAAGUGCAUUAGGUGCCAAGGAAGUUGAGGCCACCAGGAAGAACCUUGGAUGGCCAUUUGAGCCUUUCCACGUGCCUGAGGAUGUGAAGAACCAUUGGAGCCGACAUGCGUCUGAGGGGGCUGCUUAUGAAGCUGAAUGGAAUGCUAGGUUUGCUGAAUAUGAGAAGAAGUAUCCAGAGGAAGCUGCUGAGCUGAAAUCUAUCUUCACUGGUGAACUCCCAGCUGGUUGGGAGAAGGCUCUUCCUACAUACACUCCGGAGAGCCCAGGUGACGCCACCAGAAAUCUAUCUCAGCAAAAUCUCAAUGCUCUUGCAAAGGUUCUCCCUGGUCUGCUUGGUGGCAGUGCUGAUCUUGCUUCCUCCAACAUGACCCUUUUGAAAAUGUUUGGCGACUUCCAAAAGAACACACCAGAAGAGCGUAAUGUUAGGUUUGGUGUCCGUGAACAUGGUAUGGGAGCCAUCUGUAAUGGGAUUGCCCUUCACAGCCCUGGCUUCAUUCCCUAUUGUGCAACCUUCUUUGUGUUCACUGACUACAUGAGAGCUGCCAUGAGGAUCUCUGCCUUGUCUGAAGCUGGAGUUAUCUAUGUCAUGACCCACGACUCUAUUGGUCUAGGAGAAGAUGGACCUACACAUCAGCCCAUUGAGCAUUUAGCAAGUUUCCGAGCAAUGCCCAACAUAUUGAUGCUCCGUCCGGCUGAUGGCAAUGAGACCGCAGGUUCAUACAAGGUGGCCGUGCUCAACAGAAAGAGACCCUCAGUCCUUGCCCUUUCUCGACAAAAGCUGCCUCAACUUCCUGGGACCUCCAUUGAAGGUGUAGAAAAGGGUGGCUAUACCAUAUCAGACAAUUCAUCUGGUAACAAGCCUGAUGUUAUUUUGAUUGGAACUGGUUCAGAGUUGGAAAUUGCAGCAAAGGCUGCUGAUGAACUCAGAAAGGAAGGCAAGGCAGUUAGAGUGGUCUCCUUUGUUUCUUGGGAGCUCUUUGAUGAGCAAUCUGAUGAGUACAAGGAAAGUGUUCUGCCAGCAGCUGUAACAGCUAGGGUUAGCAUUGAGGCUGGAUCAACAUUUGGGUGGGAGAAGAUUGUUGGAGCUAAAGGAAAGGCCAUCGGAAUUGACCGCUUUGGUGCUAGUGCACCUGCAGGAAAAAUAUACAAGGAGUUCGGCAUCACAGCUGAAGCUGUCAUAGCCGCAGCCAAAGAAUUAUGUUAAGCUUUGGUAAUUUUGAGCUUCUUGGUUGCUUGUGAGAAAUUUGGAGUUGGUUAAAUCAUACUGAAAGCACAAAAAAAAAGGGCCAUUGUUCUUGGUAGUCCAGUUGAGAAUUCCUAAUAAAGAAGUCAAAAUUUUAAUCUCUUUUUUCUUUUUGUGUUCCUGAAAUUGAGAAGCAGCUUUUGCAGCCUAAAUGUGAUCAGGAGAGAUUAGGCAUAUGAAUCCUCCUGAAUUUGUACACUUGAACAUCAUCUUGAUUUUGUAACUCAUAUGUGCUUUUGAUUUGUUACAAGGUUGGUUCUUGUCACAA